AUGUCGACCCUCCCAUCCGUUGAUCCUGUGGAACAGGCUCUCGCUGCGCAAUGUCAAGACGGAGGGGGGCUCCUCUUACUGCCGUAUAUACUUGGCGGCUUCUUUGACUGGACGUUGUUCGGGGCAGUUCUUGCCAUGACCGUCCAGUGGUCGCAGCAUCGAAGCGAAGAGAAGCGGUUCACGGCAUUCUGCGUGGUCAUAUCGCUUCUGUCGGCAAUAGGAAGCUCCGUCUACCUUCUCAUAUGGCUCACGCAAGCAUUCGCCUAUGGGUUCGGCAAGUACAAAGAGCUCGCUCAGAUUCAUUGGGCAUCGCAGUACUCGUCCAUGUGGGACUGGUCCACCACAGCAUUACAGAGUGGGCACAUGGGCUGUACUGUACGGAUCUAUUGUGUCGUGUACACCAACAAUACCUACCAGACGACAAACCCUACGGUGUACGCAGACCCAAUCUCUCGAGCAGGACUGUAUCUUUGGCUCAUUUCAGCUGUGUUUAUCGAUAUACUCAUCACAUGCUGCAUCGCGUACGCCUUGUACCAACACAAGACGGGAUGGAAAGCAACCGAUAGUUUCAUCGUCAAGUUGAUCCGAUCCAUCUUGAUACUAGCUACUUGGGGAAAUAGGCGAGUCGGCAUCAUCUUCCUUGUAUCUCAGCCCAAAAUCUACAUCAUCGGCUUCCUCGCCAUGCUCAACUUUCGCUUCUCCCGGCGGAUCGAAACCUCCCUCACUUCUCACUCCCGCUCGGCUGGACUGCAGGCAUACCCACUCGAGUCUGGGACUCGCCUGGGGACCCGCUCGCGCCCUUACCGAGGAGACGGGGAGCUUCACAUCCCGCCUGCAGACGAGGAGCAGAAAGGAGAGAUACGCGUCCAUGUGGAGACGGAGGUGGUGUCCAGUCCGGGGGGCAUGAAAGCCAUGAGUCCGAGGAGGAUCAAUCGCGGCUGGGCAGAGGUGCCGGUCGGCGAUGCUCGCGAGUAUGACGCACGGUCUCAGUAUACGAUAAACACGGGGAGCGGGUUCCUGUUUGGAUCAAGCGAGGCGGAACUGAACGACUGGAAAGGGACCGAGGAUAACAGGUCGAGGCGGGACACCUGA